AUGUCUACAACACCUGUAGUCAAGUAUAAGCCGGUCUCUGACGACGGUUUCGAGGACGUGAAGACCGACGACGACCACGAAGAAUACCCCUUGGAUCAGAGAAAAUGGAACUCCAGUAGAGCCACAUCAAAGUCAAAGAGAGCACUCCAAAUACUUGCUUCACUCCUCAUCCUGGCAAUUUAUACGUGGGCAGUACUUUACUAUGCCCGUGAAGUCAUUUACAAGCCAUUCUGCCCUCGACUCACGACACCAGACACGGUACAUGUAUGGGACAAGGUUGAGUUCAACCCACAGCCCGUAAAUCCAGUGACGCCAGCGUUUGCCAACCGAAUCCCGGAAUCCGAGGUACACCGACUUGGCAUGGAGGCAGAUGCGAUACCUUUCAACGAUGGAGAAGGCGGCUAUCUUGGGGGCCUUGCUAUGGUGCAUAACUUACACUGCAUCAACUAUUUAUACCAGGUUGCGCAUAGAGAGUACUAUUACACUCCCAAUACCACGGAGAAGGAGGAUGCAACUCAGAAGAGUCAUAUUGGACACUGUCUCCAUCAUAUCAUGGAGUCCGUGAAAUGCCAGGCAGAUUUGACCCCCGUUCUACUUCAUUGGACUCUCCACGAUUUCCACUCGGUCAUUAACUGGGACGGUGUCGAACGUACCUGUGCCGACUGGUCACAGUUGAUGGACUGGGGUUCAGAGCAUUCCGUGAGAAAGUCUACUUCGAUAUCUCAAUUCACAGACACGAAGCAUCCAAUUUACGGCAACUUCUUAGACGAACACGGCAAGUUCAGCUGGGUAGAUCAAGAGGGAGGUGUUGACUACAAGGAGUUUUUCAAAACGUCAGAGUACCAGAAGUGGGCAAAAGAACAGGGGCUCGCCUCAGGAGAGGCCGCGGCGGAAGAGUAUCUAAGGUCGUUUUACGUCAAGCAGUGA